CAUGGUGGACACCAUCCUCAUCAUGGACCAGACGCCUCGGGUCAUGACUACUGUGAGGUAAUGAACAAUGGUGUAAUGUUCUACAAAUACAACAGAGCCGGAAGACUUGAGGAUAAUGACGUGCCCUGGCGUGGUCCUGCUGCUUUGGCCGAUGCAUCACCUGGCUCAUCACCAGAUGGCAAUGGAGAUGGUGACCUCUCCAAAGGCUACUUUGAUGCCGGUGACCAUGUCAAGUUUGCCCUGCCCAUGUCCGCCUCAAUGACCAUGCUUGGUUGGGGUUUCCUCGAGUAUGAGGAUACAAUCGAAAAGUGUGGCGCCUCUCAAAUAUGGCUGGAGGACCUACAAUGGGGAUAUGACUGGCUGAUGGCCGCUCACUUUGGUACCAACGAGUUUGCCGGACAGGUUGGUGAGGGCAAUGCCGACCAUGCUUACUGGGGCCCUCCCGAGCUCAUGACCAUGCCCCGUCCAACCUAUGUUCUCAACGAGACCGCACCAGGUACCGAGGUGGCAAUGGAGUCCGCUGCUGCAUUGGCCAUCUGCUCAAUGAUCUUUGAGUCACGUGAUCCAGCAUACGCCGCCAAAUGUCUUCAGCACUCAGAGGAACUCUGGAGCUUUGGAGACAACUACCGUGGCGUGUACUCUGACUCAAUCCCCGAUGCCCAGAACUUCUACAAGUCAUGGUCCGGCUACAAGGAUGAGAUUGUAUGGGCCUCCAUCUGGCUGUACAAGGCCACCCAGGACAAGACAUACUUGGCCCGUGCCGUCUCUGACUAUGACUCGUUUGGAAUUGGUGCACUGGCCCAGAAGAACUCACACGAUUGGGACCUCAAGGCACCAGGCACUUGUCUGCUCAUGGCCAAGAUGUUCCCAGACAACGACACGUACACCAGUGAUAUUGAGGGCUUCCUCAAUUGGUGGCUUCCAGGAGGUGGCGUCCCUUACACACCAGGUGGCCUUGCAUGGAUCCGUAUGUGGGCACCAGCACGUUACUCUGCCACUACCUCCUUCUUGAUGUCCGUGUAUGGUAGUGAGGGCGAUAAGUACACAUCAUUCACAGCAUCACAGAUCAACUAUAUACUUGGAGAUAACCCAAACAAACAAUCAUUCAUCGUUGGCUAUGGACCCAAUCAUCCUAUCAAUCCACAUCAUCGUGCCAGCCAUCAUUCACUCACAGAUAACAUUAUGGACCCAGUCAACAACACAUAUUCAAUUAUUGGUACACUUGUUGGAGGCCCAGGUCAAGAUGAUUCAUACAAGGAUGACCGUACAGACUAUGUAAAGAAUGAGGUGGCCUGUGACUAUCAAGCUGGAUUCCUUGGUGCAGUCGCCUAUAUGGCCUCAAUC